AUGGUAGCGGGAGACGUAACCCGGCGUGCAUCCAUCACGGCGCCGUCGAUGCACCGUCGGCCUUCAGCGAGACGCGGCUCACUCAUCAAAGGCUCACAGUCUACGUCACAGGAGGUGCCAUGGGACAUCAUCGACCGCUGCGCUCUACCGAUAGUACUGUGCCAUGCCUUGGCCGUGGUGCUAUCCACAGUCCUCAACGCCAUGCACCUCAGCUCCGUGUCAGUGUUCACACUCUUCCUCUGGUUCUCAAUCUCCGUCACCGGAUCUCUCUGGUUUUACCAUAAUCUUCAGGUAACCGCAGCUGGAAAAGCUGUGUUGGUGACGGGCUGUGAUAACGUGCUGGGAAAUGCUCUUGCAAGACGUCUGGAUGACCUCGGCUAUCAUGUCUUCGCUGGAUUCCAAAGUAAAGCCGGCAACAUAGACGCCGACAUGCUCAAAGAAGAUUGUUCUGGAAGAUUGCAUACACUCCAACUCGACAUUACGUCAGAAACUCAGAUUCUCUCGGCGUCUCUGUACAUCGUGGACCAUCUACCAGAGGGCGCUCAGGGGCUGUGGGCCAUCGUCAACUGCGAAUCGUGGUGUGCACUGGGUGAACUAGAAUGGGUGCCUUUCUCCGUCAUCAAACGUGCGAUGGAUGUCAACUUGCUUGGUCCAGCUAGGCUGGUGCAGGUGAUGCUUCCUCUAGUAAGGCGUGCACGAGGCCGCGUGGUGCUGGCCUCUUCGAUCCUCACCCACGUGGCCGCUCCAGUGCGCGGUGUCCAUGCUGCCUCGCUUGCUGCCCUGGAUGCUCUAGCAGCCUGCCUCCGUCGUGAACUCAAACCACGAGGCGUUGAUUGCGUGGUGGUGGCAGCUGGAGAAUACACAACGGGCAGUGCCUGGCUAUCCGAGGAGAAACUUCUGGAACAAGCGCGCGAUAUGUGGAAGAGACUCAGCGAUGAACAAAAAGGCGCAUACGGUGAAGACUACUUCGAAAACGCCCUGCGAAGCCUUGAGAAGUACACUAAAAGCGCUGACGCCGACCUGACCGCCGUGACACGUGCCCUGAGUGAUGGAGUGACACGCACGUUCCCGCUCGCACGCUACACGCCCGUCUCCCCCCGAGAGAAGCUAAAGUCCUUGCUCGCUGAGCACAUGCCGCGAUCCCUCUACGAAGGCCUCUACACUGAUUAA